CGAAAAGAAUCAUGGCGUCGGGCGAGGAGCAACUUUGUCGAGUGAGAGAGGAGACUGAGCGACAACGACAGCCCUUUAUAGCUCGAACGUCACGUGACCAAACACGGAACCCAGACGUCCAUAAAGAAGAGCUUCCCCUUCGGUGUGGGAGUCCCAGUUUGGAACGGGUGGAUGCACAGCCCCUCCAUAUUAAAGACGAAGAGGAAGAGGAGGAGGCUGACAUCAGCAAGUUGCCACUGAUCAUCGUCGUCGUGAAGGACGAAGACGACAAACCACCCCAAAUGCCGCAGCUUCAUCUUCACGGUCCAAAUCGUGGAGGAGCGCCAUCAGACGACCUCUUAGCUCCACUGUCAUGCAGCGACGACAUAGAAGAACCUUCAAGGAGCGACACCGACUGUCGAGUUGAUGACAAACUGUUGAAAAGCUCUGAAAAGGACACAACUAUGAACAAGAAAACUUCUCCAACACGCAGGAGAAUGUGUGCACGUAAAGAACAUUUCAGCUGCUCAGUUUGUGGUAAAAAAGCCACCAAAAAAUCCAACCUGGUAAAACACAUGAAAAUACACACGGGAGAGAAACCCUUCUGUUGCUCAGUUUGCGGUAAAACAUUCUUUCAAAAGGAAAACAUGGUAAAACACAUGAGAACACACAUGGGAGAAAAACCCUUUAGUUGCUCAACUUGUGGAAAAACAUUCUCUCGAAAGGACUCGGUGAAGUCACACAUGAGAGUACACACGGGAGAAAAACCUUUCGGUUGCUCACUUUGUGAUAAACGAUUCUCUCAUAAGGAAAGUUUGGUAGCGCACAUGAGAACGCACACUGGGGAAAAACCAUUUCGUUGCUCAGUUUGCGGUAAAGUGUUCUCUGUUAAGUCGGAUAUGGUCAUACAUGUGAGAAUACACACGGGAGAAAAGCCCUUCAGUUGCUCAGUUUGCAGUAAAACAUUCAUUCAAAGGGCAAAUAUGAUUAAACACAUGCGAAUACACACAGGCGAAAAGCCUUUUAGUUGUUCAGUUUGUGCUAAAGCUUUCACUCAAAAGUCCGACAUGGUUCGACACAUGAGAAUACACACGGGGGAAAAACCCUAUCGUUGUUCAAUUUGUGGUCGGAGUUAUGCUCACCGGGAAAGUUUGGCUGUACACACACGUACGCACAACAAAGGGACAACAAUUGUUUGACGGCAAUUCUGUGCAAUACCGUAACUGCGGAAUUGUAAAACCUUCCCAAGGGACUGGCAAGGGAAUAUCAAAUAAAUUGUGAAUUAAAACA